AUGUACAUACCCAUCCUGCCAUCUGCCAUCUGCUACCGGAUCCGACUUUCGAGACAACGUGCACCCCUCCCUGCCCACUCCCACCUGAACCAUCCCUCCUUCGCCUCCCCAAUCAAAUUUGGCACUCUGCACUCUGCACGCCCGCUAAUGGGCUGCUGA